UGUUUAGUCUUAUCUUGGUAUUGCAACUUAAAAUAAUGUUAGAAUAUACCCUGUCAGUAUAAUAUUUUAGCUAAAACAGUACUGUUAGAAUUUUUUUUUUUUAGCCGUGAUAAAUAUGAAGUACUUGAUUAUUUUGAGUGCUGUUUGUUUUGUCUUUCUUCUUUGUGAUAUUUAUGUGCACCAUCAAGAAAAGUGGAAUGCCAGGAAGCGUAAAAGGAGAGACAUUUUGACUGAGUUAAAAAAGUUAGAUAACAAUGAAGAUAUGUGGAAUUUGCUAACAAAAAAAAGUUCGGAUAGGAAGGAAAGCCAUGAAAGUGAAAUUCAAGAUUAUGAUUAUGAAACACAAAAUUCAGAUUACGAAAACACCUGGACUGAUGAAACUCCUAAAGAAGAACCAACGCUGAGUUCAAAUGGAGGUGUACAACAGAUGACUGAAACUGCAUACACAAAAAUAACCACUUCAUUCAUUACCUCUUUGAAAAACAAAAUAACUACAGAAACACCAUCCACAGAAAAAAAUAAAAUUUUGGUAAUGGAAUCAACUGACACUAACAUAGAAUUUACUUCAACUGAUUUUACACCUUCGCCCACUAAAAUUAAAGAUCAACUAUCAUUCCCAACUACAAAGAGUAAUAAAAUCAUUCCUUUGUUUUCUCAACCAGAAACCAGUCUAACAACACAAUCUUCAAUAUCUACUACAGUCAUGAACAACAUUCUCACAUCUACAAAUCUGAUAACCAGUACCACAAAAUUUCCAAAAACAGAAACAACUACAGCACAACUUCCAAAAACAGACACCACUACAACCCAAUUUCCAAAAACAGAAACUACAACACAACUUCCAAAAAAACAAACAGCUACAAUAAAACCUCCAAAAACAGAAACAACUACAACACAACUUCCAAAAACGGAAACAACUACAACACAACUUCCAACAACAGAAACCACUAUAACUCAAGUUCCAAAAACAGAAACCACUACAACACUACUUCUAAAAACAGAAACAACUGCAACACAACUUCCAAAAACAGAAACAACUACAAUAAAGCUUCCAAAAACAGAAACAACUUCUACACAACUGCCAAAAACAGAAACAAGUACUACAAAAUUUCCAAAAACAGAAACCACUACUACACAGCUUCCAAAAACAGAAACAACUACAGCACAACUACCAAAAACAGACACCACUACAACCCAAUUUCCAAAAACAGAAACAACUACAACACAACUUCCAAAAAUGGAAACAACUACAACACAACUUCCAAAAAAACAAACAACUACAAUAAAACCUCCAAAAACAGAAACAACUACAACCAAACUUCCAAAAACGGAAACAACUAUAAUACAACUUCCUAAAACAGAAACCACUCCAACAAAACCUACAAAAACAAAAACCACUACAACAAAGCCUCCAAAAACAACCACUACAAGAAAACCUCCAAAAACAAAAAUCACUACCACAAAACAAUUGUUUUCAACAAUUUAUAAGACAACUGUAACAUAUCCAAAAAUUGUGACUGCUACAACAAAACCUUCAAAAAUAGAGACCAUUACAACACAAAUCCCAAAAACAGAAACCACUGUAACCAAACCGUUUAAUGCUAGAACCACUACAGCUAAACAAUUAUCUCCAACAAUUUAUAAGACAACUCUUACAUAUCCAAAAACAGAAACAACAAAACAACUGUCUAACACCAUUACUAGACCAGAACAAACAACAAAACAACUACCAUCUACAGCCAUUACAACAACUCCAACAUCAUUAACUACUGCAAAACAAAUAAAUAUGUCUAAACCAAAAGUGUGUGACAUAUUUAACUGUAGUCCUACUAAACCCAAACCCAAAUAUUACCCAAAUUUGCCUCCCAUUUCCACGGUUUCAACUCCGUCUAAAAGUGAAGACAAUUUGUUUUUAAAAGAAAAACUGUUUAUAAUACCAGAAGAUAGCCAUCAGUUUACCAACAAACCAAAUAAUGUAACAUAUAAAUCAGUAGACAAUAGAAAUAUUGAUGAACCGCCCAAGUACGUCUAUGUUUUUGGCCAUUUCUUCCCAAUUUGCUUUACUUUUAACCAUACUAAAGGAAUAAGAGGACAUGACAAAUGUGCUUAUCUAUCAGAGACUAGUUUUCAAAUAAUUCCAAUAAGUAGUGUGUACCCUAGAGAAAAAUCUAUCCCUAAAGUUACCAUCCCAAGUCAAGGCUUUGACCCGAAGAAGUUUUUCUUUAUUCCUCAAGAAAAACAAAAACCACUGGAAGUAAAGCAACCACCCUUUCAAUUUGAAAGGUUGUAUCCAACUCAUACUAAUUAUUACACUACAAUGCUUCCACCUGUGACACGACAAAACAUUGAUUUUGUGUUUUCACCAGAGAGAUUCCACCCGAUUGAAUCAAUUUCAAGUACCAAAGACAAUCAGCCUUCACACAUAGUUUUAACAGCCCCCCAUGAUCAUGCACAGAAACACAGUUCUUCUAGUAGGCCAAAUGGAAAUCAUGGUCCAGGACAUUUCACACAAUUUCAUUUAGUAAUGAAUGAACGACGAUUAGAUUCACGCCCAGAAGAAAGAGUUGACUUUGAACAAUUACCUCCAAAUAAAUACAUAAUUAUUGAAAACCCUGUCUUGCCGUUUUUCAAAUUACCAAUUACUUUAACUGAAGUGACAAAAGAACCAAAAUAUCAUGAAAAAAUGAAAAAGGAGAUGACUAAAAUAUCUUGUUUGAAAUGUGAUAGCACUGAAAAAAAGAUUUUAACUUCUAAAGCAGUGUUGGAAAUGCCGAAUGUCAGAAAUCAAGUCUACAAAUUUAGCAUAGAUGGGAAGACACUCUUACCUAAAAAUGAAUUUGUUCCUGUUCAAAAGCCACUUCAUUUUUAUGGCAAGGUGUUCAACCACUUCCAAGAGCAGGUGAGCUCCAAGGUGUCACUUCAUCCAGUUGAAGACAAAAUAAUACACAAUCCAGCAUUGGGAAGAUGGAAAAGGUCGAUUGAUGAAAUAGACAAUGCUGUUUCUCUUGUAUUCGUUUUUGAUACUACAGGUUCUAUGUCAACAGAACUUCAUCUUGUAAAAGAAAGUGCAAUGAAAAUUACUAGUGAUUUAUUGAAUAAAUCAGAUAUUAAAAUUCACGAUUUUAUUUUUGUUCCUUUUAAUGAUUUUAAUAAUCGACCUCAACCGACACAAACUAGAGAUAGUAAUGUGUUUAUAAAUGCAAUUAACAGUGUGUACAUUGGAGGAGGUGUGGACUGUCCUGAACAAUCUUUAGCAGCCAUUUUAGAAGCCAUUAAGCUAUCGAGGCCAAAUUCGUACAUUUAUGUAUUUACGGAUGCUUUGGGAAAAGAUUAUGACAAAUUAGUUCCACAAAUAAUUGCUUUGACACAAAGGAAACACCCACAAAUAUUUUUUUUGUUGACGGGAUAUUGCUUAGAUAAAGUCUAUCCAGGGGACCAACGUAUGGCCUAUUCCACUAUAGCAGCAGUCAGCUCUGGUUUAGUAAUAGACCUGAACCGUAAAUCAGACAUCAAAAAAGUUUUCAAUUACAUCACUGAAAAUUCCAAACAAGGGAAGGUAUUAUUAAAAUCAGUCAGUUUUAAGAAAGGAAUUAAGCUUCCUUAUAUUAUAACGCUGAAUGUUGACCCUACAAUAAAAGAGAUGACAGUAUCAACAACAGGGGUUGAUGUUUCAUUGUAUGUGCUCAAUCCCGACGGGUCUAAACCUAACUCAAGUGAAAUCCAAAAUCUCCUUAAUUUAGACAAUAUAAACGUUUUCUGUGUUCAGCAACCAAAACCAGGGCUUUGGAAAAUAUACAUUACCAGAGCAAGAUCAGCUCAUUCAGUUGUGACAACUGCCCUUAGUUCAAAUACGUUUACUUACGGGUUUUCUAUAAUCCCAACUAACGAAUUAAAAGAAACAUCGAUCAAUCCUAUGAAAGGUGCACAAAACUACCUCUUGAUCAAGACGACUUCUCCUGAAUUGACAGACAGAGUUCUGUCUGUAACUCUUGUAAAUCUGGAUGGAGUCGUGUUAGGGAAAUACAACACAUCCUAUGUUCAUAAUGGUACUUACAUAAUCGGGCCUUUUGUCCCACCUGAUCGACUGUUCAAACUUGAGAUUCAUGGUGAGACGAAUGAUGGAUUCCCUUUAGAAAGGAUAUCGACGACUGCAAUUUCCCCGCAGAUGCCAGAAAAACCGUUUAUAUCGGGCAAGACCAAUAUAACAGCCAGAAUUGGGGAGCCGAUUGAUAUCAGUUGUCAUAUCCAAUCACUGGUCCCAGUAACAGUUAAAAUGUUUAAGAGACCUUCAACACAAAUCAUUUCAAAAAGUUUCUCGCAAUCUUCAGAAAUUUCGCACCAUAUACCGUAUGUAUCAAAGAGUGAUGAAGGAAUUUAUCUAUGUUGGUCCCAAAACAUAGCAGGGGUUACAAUUCUGACCAUAAACUUGGUAGUGACAGAAAGCCCUCCAGUAGUUGUAUUGGACCAAAAAUCAGUAGUAGCCCACAUGGGUGAAACACUAGAUAUCCAGUGUAGAGUGCAUAGUCGUACUCCACACCGACUGUCCUGGAAGAAAAUAUUCUCCAAUAAUACCUCUUAUCAGGAAAGUAUUAUGGAAACUGAUCAACCAUCUGCAAGCAUUCAGUUUGAUCAAUUAACAGUACAAGACAGUGGAGUCUACAUUUGCUCUGCUACAAAUGGCGGUGGUGAAGAUAGUGUUCAGGUAGCUGUGGAAGUUAUAGAAAGGCCCGAAGUUGAAGUUUCAAACAAUGUAUUCUAUUUUAAAAUUAACAGUCCAAUUUUGCUAGAAUGCAAAAUAACUAAAGGCAUACCUAUGCCUACAAUAAAGUGGUUUAAAAGUUAUUUUCUUUUGAAUGCAUCAAAAGAAAUUAAUAUUCAACAUGCUGAGAAUUCAAUUCAAUUGAAAAUUGAAAAUGCAAAGAAAUCUGACCAAGGAGUGUACAUAUGUUUGGCUUCUAAUUCUGCUGGAACUUAUCAUAAGGAGAUAAAUGUUUAUCUUGGUGAGGAACCAGUCGUUUCAAUACAUUACUACAAGAACAUAGUUUAUUCUCUAUCUGGGCAAGACUUACAAAUUCAAUGUAAUGCUUCUGGCGUACCAAAGCCUCAUGUGGUUUGGAAGAAAAAGACAAACAAUGGAAUCUCCGACGUCAACCAUUCUAAUGGAGUUUUGAACUUCAAGUCACCGACUCUAGAAGACAGUGGAAGAUAUAUCUGCAUUGCUACUAACAUGAUAGGCCGUGGGGAAGAUUCAAUAUUUGUGACAUUUGGGACCAACCCUAAAAUAGAGACAGCAUCAACAGACGCAAACUUGGAAAUAGAUGGUACAGCAAGCCUUUCUUGUACUACUUCUGGAAUACCUGAACCGAGAAUAACUUGGAGAAGAAAGGAUGGCAAAGCUGUUCAAGCUCAAUCAAUAGAAAACAUUCUUGAUUUUAGAAAAGUAACAUUAGCGCACCAAGGCAUUUAUAUUUGUAAGGCAGAGAACUAUUUUGGAAUGGAUGAAAAAGAAGUAAAUGUCUCAAUUAUAGGAACAACUCCUCCUAAAUUAAUUCAAAAUGGAUCUGAUCAAAUUGUCAAACAUUUAAUUGGAGAAAGAGUUGAGCUUCAGUGUGUCAUAAAGGAAGGAAAUCCUCAACCAAAAAUAAGAUGGGAGCAAUAUGGGGGGGACACAGAUGCGCUUGGUUUGUAUGGUUUUGUUGCGAAAAAUGGUUCGCUGAUCUUCAAUGCUUUAAGUAUAAGACUAAUUGGAAACUAUUCUUGCAUUGCUGAGAAUGGUGUUGGAGUUGAUAUGAAAAAUGUCACCUUGCAACAAUUUGAACCACCAAUUAUUUAUGAAAGGACAAUAUCCAGUGUCACUGCAAAUGUCGGGAAUCCAGUCAUUCUUCAUUGUGAAACAACUGGAGAUCCAAAGCCUACAGUGAAAUGGACGAGAGAUUCAUAUCAGUUCAAUUCAAUAAUGAGAGGCUAUAGAAAAGAAAACUCUACAUCCCUGUACUUUGAUGCGGUACAGGUAGAAGAUUCAGGCAGGUACUUGUGCUUAGCUAAAAAUUUAGCUGGGGAAAUGACAAAAGAAGUGACUCUCCAAGUGUUUGUUCCACCUAAAAUACUUUCAUGGAAGAAAGAGGUGUCAGUUGAAUUGGGGAAUGCCAUCUCAUUGAGAUGUAAUGCAGUUGGAAUACCAAAGCCGGACGUAAAGUGGCUAAAAGAUAAUAUUCCCCUAAAAAAAUACUAUGGUGGUGAAGUAUGGUUCACGCCUGAAACUUCCGACGCAGGGGUUUACACAUGCCUUGCUGAAAACAAAGUGGGGAUUGACAAGGCUGACAUAAUGCUUGAAAUAUUGGAAAAACCUGUUAUCAAUAAUUUACCAAAUGAAAUAGAAGUUAUUAAGGGAAAACAGGCUGUCUUGAUCUGUAAAGCAACAGGAUAUCCAUUGCCAAAAGUACAUUGGGAAUUUAAUGAAAACAUAUUAAAUGGAAAAAAUGAAGGAAAUGGGACUGUUGUACUGAACAUUUCUAAAGCUUCAGAUACCGAUGAAGGAAUUUAUUUAUGUGUCGCGUCAAAUAAAGUUAACACCAUAAUGAAAAAAGUCCAAUUAUUAGUUUUAGAACCACCAUUGAUAACUCCAUGGGUAGACAUAGCAAAAGCAGCUCCUGGAGAAGAAGUAGUGCUGGAAUGCAAUGCUGUUGCAAAACCUAAAUCUGAAAUUUCCUGGUUCCUGAAUGGUGAACCAUUCAACGAAGGAUAUCUGUCAUCAGACGGCACACUCAGGUUCCAAGUGCGUAAGAACCAUUCUGGCGAUUUCAAUUGUGUAGCAAUAAAUAAAGCCGGUAGUGAUUCUAAAAAAAUCACUCUGCUAAUUUUAGAGCCUCCAAAAUUUGCACCCAACUUGCCAAGCACAGUUCAAACCCUGUCUGGGAGUAAUCUAGACCUUUUGUGCCUUGCCUUUGGAGAGCCAGAACCAAUCGUACACUGGGAACGGAAUAAUUCUCUUUCCCCGAAUUAUAAAACUUCAUUUUCCUCAAUAAAAGACAUCUUAACUAUUUAUAAUAUAACUGUGGAUGAUGAGGGAAUGUACACAUGCCGAGCAGAAAAUAAAGCAGGAAUUAGUUCUUACACAGUAAAGCUGAUUGUUUUUGAGAUCCCUAAAACAAUGUUAACAAUAAAUAGUGCUCACAACAGCGCCGUAUAUGAAAACCAAGAAAUUAUUUUAAGAUGUGAAAUUAGAGGAAAACCAGCACCAAAAGUAACAUGGCAUAAAGAUGGUAAACUUAUUGCAAAAAAAUAUACUUUCAAUAGUACAGUUUUAAGGUUUACAGCUACGGAACAAGAUUCUGGAAAUUUUACUUGUAUUGCCAGUAACUCAGUCGGCUCGGACAACUCAACAAUCCAGAUUAUUGUUAAAGUUGAGCCAAAAUUUGAAAACCCAGAAAAUGAAGAGUUAGCUUUUGUGGAAAACAGUGAUGCUGUAUUGAUGUGCAAAGUAAAAGGGUCCCCCUUACCAAAAUUAAUCUGGUCACAAAAUGGGAUGCUUAUAAAGAACCAUUUUAUAUUAGAAGGGAACGGCACUAGCAAGUUGUACCUACAAAAUGUGACAUAUAAGAAUUCUGGCAAGUACUCGUGCAUGGCAGUCAAUGUUUUAGGGACAAAGGAAAAAUUCUAUCACGUUGACAUUCAAUCACUGCCAUCUAUAGUCGAUGAAAUCCUUCCAAGCGAAGUGAAUGUAAAUUUUGGCGAGGAUUUUGCCCUACCUUGCACUGUAAAAGGGCAGCCAAAACCAGAUGUCAAAUGGAAAAUUGGCGGCGAAUUUGUUCCUUCUAACAUUAUCACAGAAGUUUAUAUGACUCUUGAGGAUAACACAUUAGUUUUGAUGAAUGUAUCUGAAAAAACUUCAGGAGAAUAUGUCUGUACAGCCACUAAUAAUCAAGGGAUUGUUAAAAAAGUUUAUAAGGUUACAGUAUCAGCACCAAUUCCUUCAAUUCCUGAAGAUUUUGAAUUAGUAGAAGAGUUGGAUGGAAACCCAGCCAAACUCCACUGUUUGGCAAAACCUGGGGAAGAAAUAAUAUGGUUCAAAAAUGGUGUAAAUAUCAAAGAAAAAAGAAUAAGGUCAGAUGUUGAUCAGUACGAAGUCAAAGACAAUGGAAUGAGACUCAACUUUGAUGAGGUCUACUCUUCUACUGGUGGAAAUUACACGUGCAUUAUUAAAAGGAAUGGUAAAAGUAUCACAAAAAAUUUCUUCCUGAAUGUACUACAUACGCCAUAUUUUUUGGACGAGUUCUACGAAUCUGAGUUUAAGGUUGAAGAAGGAAAUGGUGUUAAAAUAAACUGUGACAUCGGUGGAAACCCAUUGCCCAAGGUGACAUGGAGAUUUAAAAAACAUGAUAGCUUAAGCCAAAUACCGAUAACAAAUCUAACAUUACCAAACGUUGAAAUGUCUGAGGGUAUUUUGAAAAUAAUAGAAGCUCAACUAUCUCACAACGGUAUUUACAUGUGUCAAGGGAGCAACAAAGUUGGCAGUGUCAAACGGUCAUUUAAUCUAAAAGUUUCAAGAGGUCAAAAAAGAGUUGUAAACAAAUCUGAAGUGAAAUAUUUUAUUGAAAAUGAACCCUUUGAAUUACACUGUGAUAUCAAAGGAGAUUCAAAUAGCUCAUAUAAAUGGGAAUUUCAAUCUUCAAUAAACAGCAUUUGGAAUUCAAAUCUUACUGACAAUAUGAACAUUUUGAGGAGAAAAAGAGCCAAUAAGUUCCAUCAUGGUUUAUUUUACUGUAGAGGGGAAAACGCAAAAGAGAAAAUUGAGAAAAGUUUCCAAGUCAAUGUAAUAGUUUCUCCGAGUAUUGCUGCAAAUGGGACUUCAGAGUUUACUGUCAUGGAAUCGAGACCUUUUGAACUGCAUUGUAUCGUCUUUUAUCUGACAGAAGUGAAAGUGGUUUGGAAUACCAGGCAAAACACAAUUCUGACAAAUAAUAGCACUAAUUUAUCAAUAACAGAAAUUGGUAAUAAACACAUUCUCCGAGUCUUCAAUUCAUCCAAAACAGAUGAAGGCGUUUACACGUGUCUUGCGAAAAAUCGAGCUGGUACAGACAAGCAGUCAUUUAAAGUGAAAAUUAUUGCACCGCUCAAGUAUUUGAAGGAUAUUUCAACAAAAUUAUACCAGACCGAGGGCCUGCCUUUGAAGAUCAAAUGUCCUAUUUGGAGUGAUGUCAAAAGUGAGAUCCUUUGGGAAAAGGACAAUGUCUUGAUUGAUAAAAUAAAUGCUUAUUUGAAUCAAAGUGAUUACAUCAUUGAAAAAACAAAUAUUUCUAAUAAUGGCUCCUAUAAGUGCAAAGUCUUUAACCCAGGUAGCAAUUUGGAGGCUACUGUAAACGUUUUUAUAUUAGUGCCGCCUAAAAUCUUAAUAAAAUCAAGUGCCAUAUUAUUGGAGGUUUCAGAGGGAAGUAACAUGACUAUAAACUGCUACACCUCUGGAAUUCCAUUACCCUCGGUUUCUUGGAGAAAAAAUCACUCAAAUGCUAAUGAUAAACUUUAUUCCUAUUCUUAUCACAAAAAUUGUCAGCAACUAAAAAUCUAUAAUCUAACACUGAAGGAAAGUGGUUCUUACACUUAUACGGUUCAAAAUGAGGUUGGUCAAGAUGAACGACACUUUGAAGUUAUUGUAAGAGCUUCAUCAAAUUUAGUAAGCCAAAACAUCAAUGUAGUUAAAUUUGUCAGUGGUUCUUCCUUCACUCUAAAGUGUAUGGUGCCUGGAAAUAUUAAGCAAAAUAUUACUUGGUUCAAAGGCAAUUCAUUGUUAACAAAUUCCAAAGAAAAUUUGCACUUUGUCAAUGUCAAGGAAGAAGAUGGUGGAAUUUAUUAUUGUGCAAAUAAUAGCGGUCUUAUAAAUACAUUUUCUUUGAUAGUUAAAGUGAAAUUACAUUGGAGUGAAUGGUCCCAGUGGAGUUCUUGUAGUAAAUCUUGUGAUGAGGGUGAACAAAUUAGAACAAGAGUCAUUGUUGGGAGAAAAAGUGGACCUUUGGAGAAUUAUUUUAUCGAAUACGACAAUUCCACAAUAACAGGUCCAAGUGUGGAAAAACAGCAAUGCAACUAUCUCCCCUGCACUCCAAAUGGAAUUUGGAGUGACUGGCUAGAUUGGAGUUUGUGCUCAUCCUCAUGUGGAAAAGGAACAAGAUAUCGCUCCAGAAUUUGCCAGGGUUUUGAUUGCAUUGGUGAAGGCAAUGAAUCUGAAAGCUGCAGCUUGAAUCCUUGCCCGAUUAAAGGGGGGUGGAGUGAUUGGUCGGAGUGGAAUCACUGUUCCGUUACUUGCGGGAAUGGAGUAAAAAUGAGAGUACGCUCAUGCACUAAUCCAAAGCCAGAAUUUGAUGGUGAAAAUUGCUCAGGGAAUGGAAGAGAAAUUGUGCAGUGCAGUAUUGAAAAAUGCUCACUCGGGGAAUGGUCACCUUGGUCUGUAUGGAGUCCUUGCAAUGUCUCAUGUGGACGUGGGAUUCAAAUAAGGACGAGAGUGUGCCUGCUGGAAAAUCGAGAUUUAACCUGUCAGGGAAAUAAAACCCAGAUCAUAAGGUGUAAAAAACAAUCUUGUCAUAAAAAUCAAAAAAAUUAAAAAUGAAAUCAUUCUAAAGGAAGGAAGAAAAGGAUCUUAAUCAUAAUUAUUUAGGGAGCAUUUUAAGCCAAGCGCAUGGUAAUAUAUAAAAAAUCAACCUUUUCAUUUUGUUUUUUAAUUUUUCUAUAUUUGUAACACAAUUUGUGUACAUUCUUAUAUUGUUAUUUACUAAGUGUAAAGUUGUUAAUUUAAGAACUGUUUUUUAUUUAGUAAAUAUAAAAUAAAUUGUU